CAUAAUAAAAUAAAAAUCCUCAUUUUAAUUCUCUCUCUCAAUUUCCUCAUAUAGAGGUGAGGAUUAGGGUUUGGAUUUGAGUAUAUAUUUCGGGUUUGGAUAGGGAAGAUAGUAGCAGUAGUAGUAAUAAUGACAGCUCCAAACAUGGCGAUAAUCACAGCAUUGUUAGAGAGAUCUCUGCAAAACUGUUCUCUAUACAGCAACAUCGCCGAUGACACAGACGCAGGUGGUGGUGUUGGGUUCUCAUCAUCAUCAUCAUCCUCAGAUUCGCCUGAAAAUCAUCUCUCUAAGUCCCACGAUGCCAUCUUAGACCUCAAUUCUCACCUUUCUCUCCCUUAUUAUUGGGAACAAUGUCUCGAUCUAAAGACUGGUGAGAUAUAUUACAUAAACUGGAGGACAGGGAUGAAAGCAAAAGAGGAUCCCAGGACAGCAGCAGUGACGGCGGCGGAGUACUGGGGUAACUUUUAUUCAGAAGAAGAAGAUAGCUCUUGCGAUAGUGAAGGGUCAUCAUCUGAGUCUUCACCAUCAUCUUCUUCAAGAGAUCAACAAUACCAUCAUCAUCAUCAUCAUCAUCAUCAUCAUCAUCGGAGAGAGGAUGGUGAGAAAGAUGACCAUGUACUGGUGGUUGCGGGUUGCAAGAGCUGUCUAAUGUAUUUCAUGGUCCCCAAACAAGUCGGAGCUGUUUGCCCCAAAUGUUGUGGUCAACUGCUCCAUUUUGAUCGAUCUGAAAAUGGGUGUCCAUGAUUAAUUUCAAUUUAUGAGAUCUAUCUCAUCUCAUCUGAUUUUUCCUUUUUCUUUAUUACCUAUCUUUUUGAAUCUUUUCAUCAUCUAUGUUGUCUGAGAGAUUUUCAGUGUAGUGGAUUGAUGAAAUGAGACAAAUGAUGAGUUUUAUUAA